AUGUCCAACCCGCCACCAGAAAAGCCCAUCGCGAGCGGCACCGCUUCCUCGCAAGGGGACUCGACGGAAAUAGAAGCGCAUUCACACACCAACGAGAAGGCUGCUACCGACAAGAAUGACCUCGAGAAAGCCGACAGCAAGGUUGCGACCCCGCCCGAGGCCGCAUCCCAAGAGGAUCCCUUCAAGCACCUGCCUGAUGACGAGGCAGCCGUGUUGAAGCGCCAGAUCAUCACCCCCGAGGUCAAGGCGGGCGUGGCGGCGCUCUACAGGUACUCCUCGACCAACGACAUCAUCAUCAUCAUCAUCUCCACCCUUUGUGCCAUUGCUGCAGGUGCCGCCCUGCCGCUCAUGACUGUCAUCUUCGGCAAUCUGCAGAAUGUAUUCCAGGACUACUUCGUCCACCGGAAUAUGUCCCAUGACGACUUCACGGACGAGCUUGCCAAGCUAGUCUUGUACUUUGUUUAUCUGGCCAUCGGCGAAUUCGUCGUCAGCUACAUCUCGACCGUCGGCUUCAUCUACACGGGUGAGCACAUCAGUGCCCAGAUUCGCAUUCACUAUCUCGAGAGCUGCAUGCGCCAGAACAUUGGCUUCUUCGACAACCUCGGCUCCGGAGAGGUCACAACGCGCAUCACGGCCGACACCAACCUGAUCCAGGACGGCAUGUCCGAGAAGGUCUCGCUGACCAUUGCCGCACUCGCCACGUUCAUCGCCGCCUUCGUCAUCGGCUUCAUCUUCUACUGGAAGCUGACUCUCAUCCUCUUCUCGACCGUUGUCGCCCUCGUCCUCGUCAUGGGCGGUGGAUCGACGUUCAUCAUGAAGUUCAACAAACAGUCCAUUGACUCGUACGCCCAGGGUGGCAGCUUGGCCGACGAGGUCAUCAGCUCCAUCCGAAAUGCCAUCGCGUUUGGCACCCAGGACCGCCUGGCCAAGCAGUACGAUGUUCAUCUCGUCAAGGCCGAAUUUUUCGGCUUCCGAGUCAAGGGAGCCAUCGGCUGCAUGGUCGCAGCUGUCGCUGCCGCCGCCAAGAUUUACAACACCAUCGACCGCGUGUCGCCCCUGGAUCCUUCUCUUGACACUGGCGACAGGCUCGAGAAGCUGGAGGGCACCAUCACGCUUAAGGGCAUUAAGCACAUUUACCCCUCGCGGCCCGAGGUCGUCGUCAUGCAGGACGUUUCCUUGACCAUUCCCGCCGGCAAGACGACUGCCUUGGUCGGCGCCUCGGGUUCUGGUAAGAGUACGAUUGUUGGACUUGUCGAGCGCUUCUAUGACCCUGUCCAGGGAUCCGUCUACCUGGACGGACAUGAUAUCGCCAAGCUCAACCUUAGAUGGCUUCGCCAGCAGAUGGCCCUUGUGAGCCAGGAACCAACGUUGUUUGGCACGACCAUCUUCCACAACAUUCGUCAUGGCCUCAUCGGUACCCAGCAUGAGAACGAGUCUGAAGAAAAGUUGCGUGAGCUUGUCAUCGGAGCUGCAAAGAAGGCCAAUGCCCAUGAUUUCAUCACUAGCCUUCCCGAGGGAUACGAGACAAAUGUCGGCGAGCGCGGUUUCCUGUUGUCUGGCGGCCAGAAGCAGCGUAUUGCUAUUGCUCGUGCCAUUGUCUCUGACCCCAAGAUCCUUCUCCUUGACGAAGCCACCUCGGCCCUCGACACCAAGUCGGAGGGCGUCGUACAAGCUGCCCUCGAGGUCGCCGCCGAAGGUCGCACCACGAUUACCAUUGCUCAUCGACUUUCAACGAUCCGUGACGCUCACAAUAUUGUCGUCAUGUCCGAAGGUCGCAUUGUCGAGCAGGGAACUCACGACGAGCUUCUUGAACUGAACGCCGCCUACUACAAUCUCGUCACCGCCCAGAACAUUGCCGCCGUGAACGAGAUGACCCCCGAGGAGGCGGCAGCCAUCGACGAAAAGGAUGAACAGCUGAUACGCCAAGCCUCCCGAUCCAAGGAAGGCUACGUGCAUGAUCCGCAAGACGACAUCAACCUCAAUCGCACCACCACCACCAAGUCAGCUUCCAGCGUUGCUCUUCAGGGCAAGCAGCCCGAACCGGAGAAGAAGUAUGGUCUCUGGACACUGAUCAAGCUCAUUGGCUCCUUCAAUAAAAAGGAGGUGCACUUCAUGCUGAUUGGAUUGAUCUUUUCCAUCAUCUGUGGAGGUGGCAACCCAACGACGGCCGUAUUCUUUGCCAAGCAGAUUGUCACGCUCAUCGUGCCUGUGACGGAUGAGAAUCGCGACCAGAUCAAGUCCGACUCGGACUUCUGGAGUCUCAUGUAUCUGAUGCUUGCUCUGGUUCAGCUCCUCGCGUUUGCGACUCAAGGUAUCCUGUUCGCCAAGUGCUCUGAGCGACUCGUCCACCGGGUCAGAGACCGCGCUUUCCGCACCAUGCUGCGCCAGGAUGUUGCCUUCUUUGACAAGGACGAGAACACGGCCGGCGCACUGACGUCUUUCUUGUCGACCGAGACCACGCACGUGGCAGGGCUGAGCGGUGUCACACUGGGUACCCUGCUCAUGGUCACCACUACGCUUGUUGCGGCACUGGCGCUGUCUAUUGCCAUCGGCUGGAAACUCGCCCUCGUGCUGCGUAUCCGACCUCGGCGAGCUUCGCCUCCUGAGGACAUCUCGGCCAUCCGCACCGUUGCGUCUCUCACCCGCGAGCAGGACGUCCUCGACAUGUACAAGAAGUCACUGGCCGAGCAGCAGCGACGCAGUCUGCGAUCCGUCCUCAAGUCGAGCUCACUCUACGCUGGCUCUCAGUCUCUGACGUUCCUUGCUUUCGCCCUUGGUUUCUGGUACGGUGGCACACUCAUCGCCAGCCGCGAGUAUAAUAUGUUCCAGUUCUUCGUCUGCUUUUCCGCUAUCAUCUUCGGUGCGCAGUCGGCUGGAUCCAUCUUCUCUUUUGCGCCCGAUAUGGGCAAGGCGCAUCAGGCGGCGGGCGAGCUGAAGACACUCUUUGACCGCAAGCCGACCAUUGACACUUGGUCCACGGAAGGCGAGUCGCUCGAGUCGGUCGACGGCACGCUCGAGUUCCGCGAUGUGCACUUCCGCUACCCGACGAGGCCGGAGCAGCCCGUGCUGCGUGGCCUUAACCUUACCGUACGCCCCGGUCAGUACAUCGCGCUUGUUGGCGCUUCGGGCUGCGGCAAGUCGACGACGAUAGCCCUUCUCGAGCGAUUCUAUGACCCGCUCGCAGGCGGCAUUUACAUUGACGGCAAGGAGAUUAGCACGCUCAACGUGAACAACUACCGUUCCUUCAUCGCGCUCGUCAGUCAAGAGCCUACACUGUACCAAGGCUCAAUUCGCGAGAACAUCCUGCUCGGCACUCCCCACGAGGCCACGGAUGAGGCCAUUGAGUUUGCAUGCCGUGAGGCCAACAUCUACGACUUCAUCGUGUCUUUACCCGACGGCUUCAACACAGUUGUCGGCAGCAAGGGUGCGCUCCUGUCGGGUGGACAGAAGCAGCGCAUUGCGAUUGCACGUGCAUUGAUCCGAGACCCGAAGAUCCUGCUACUGGACGAGGCGACGUCCGCGUUGGACUCGGAGUCGGAGCACGUUGUGCAGGCAGCCCUCGACAAGGCGGCCAAGGGACGGACGACGAUUGCCGUCGCGCACAGGCUGAGCACUAUCCAAAAGGCGGAUGUAAUCUAUGUAUUCGAUCAGGGACGGAUCGUAGAGCAGGGUACACACACGGAGCUCAUGCGGGCGAACGGCCGGUACGCCGAGCUGGUCAACCUGCAGAGCCUGGAGAAGCAUGCUUAA